AUGGCUUACUCCAGCGCUAUCGAUGCCUUGAAAGAGGCCAUCCCGGAUGGCGUCUUCACACAGCGUGGAGAGGAACUGUACGAGACGCUCAACGGCUCGUACCUCUCCGGCUUCGAGAGUGAUCUCAAGCCGUACUGGAUUGUGCAGCCUAAAACCAAAGAGGACGUUUCCGCUUUUGUGAAGGUGGUCAGCAGCCGUUCGGACGACAUCGUAUUUGCUGUCCGUGGCGGAGGGCAGCAGCCUCUUCCCGGGUGUGCAAACAUUCAGGAUGGAAUUACUCUGGACCUUGCCCUAUUGAAAGGCGUCGAAUCGAGUAACGGCCUUGUCAAGAUUGGAGCAGGAGGAUUGUCUUUCUUCUCGAGCCGUCAGGGUUUCAUGUGCGAUAAUGUGAUCAAUUUCGAGGUUGUUCUCGCCUCGGGUGACAUCGUUCAAGCAAAUGCCAAGGACCACUCCGAUCUAUGGAGGGGGCUGAAGGGUGCCGGAAACAACCUGGGCAUCGUCACACGCUAUGACUUCCGGACUUUCAAGCAGGGAAAAAUUUGGGGAGGCUUCCUCUACUACUUUGCCCCAACCUUCCCCAGCCAGCUCGAAGCCCUCGUCAAGGUGCUGAACGACCCCGUCGAGAGCAAGAGGACCCAUCUCAUGGUCAGCACUGGCUACUCGGCCUUAUUUGGGGACGAAGUCAUGUGUCUGAACCAGCCAUACUAUCUCGACGAGGUCGAGAACCCUCCCGUGAUCGACGUCUUCAGCAAGAUGCAGCCGCAGAUAGACGCCUUGAACACCAUGCGCCUGCAAACCGUCUCGGAGGCGGCGCAAGAGCAGGCAGGGGGGACUCAAAGCCAAGUGAGAUGCGCUUACAUGAACAUCACCGUCAAGGCCGACGUGGCCACCCUGCAGGCGGCAACAGACAUCUACACCGGAGGCCUUGACCCCGUCAAGUCUGUUGCGGGUCUCUUGGCCUCCUUCACGCUGCAGCCGUACCCAACCUCCCUGAUGGAACAGUCAGAGGAGACCGGGGGCAACUCACUGGGGCUCAAGCGCUCCGACGGCCCUCUGGUCUCGGUGCUGCUGCUUUCGUACUGGCAGAACAAGAGCGACGAUGAUGCUGUCUUAUCCUUCAUGAAGGAGUCCCUCGAGAAGAUGAAGCAGGAUGCUGCCGGGCGCGGGACGCUGCUGCCGUUCGUGUACAUGAACUACGCGUGGACUCACCAGGACCCCAUCAACUCGUAUGGCACUCAGAACAAGAAGAAGCUACAGGAUGCGAGCAAGAAGUAUGAUCCUAAGGGGCUUUUCCAGAAGGCGUGCCCCGGUGGAUUUAAGCUCUUCCCCUGA